UAUUAUAUACAGUAACUAGCAUCGCACCUAGUCUUCAGCUGAGCGCAGCUUUCUCCUAGUAGAUCUGAAUCGUCCGAUUAAAGAAAGCUAGGUGUAGUUUUGCUGACGCUCCCCUGGACUAGCUCCCUUAGCUCGUGUUUACUCCUGGGCCUAGACCUGGCUAACGAGUGUCACGUAUGGUUGCAAGACAGAUGAAUAUCUUAUAUAAGAGAUAGGGUAAAAAAUGUGAAGAUAAUAGAUGCGACUGACCUCUAGUUGAGCUUUCGCGUCUAUUUCUCUCGUCAUUAUUUUGUUUACUGCGACCUCCUUUUGUUGUAUACCAAGAUGGCAGACACUCCACCAUUAAAUAGUUAUAAUCCAUCAUGUGUUGUUAGUCAGUGUUUGCGGCAAGUUGUUGGUUCUAUUGACGGAAACCCCCUCGCUCAGUACUCGGCAUGCACAUCUACAUUUGGAGCACCUGUUAUAUCAACUUUGACUCCAUCCGUAGAAGUUGUCUUCUCUACUCUUGUCGACACGGUUUCAUAUACAGAUAUUGUGGUCUCCACAAGCACAACGUUUUCGGUUUAUGAGGCGAUCAUCACUAUGUCUACCGAUGUUCCUGAUACCGUAACAGAAACGACGAGUACAACGACUACCACCACUGAUACGGUAACUGCUGCAACUACCACUGUCACUCCAAUAAAGCACAAGAAGCGUGGCGGCUGUAAGCCUAGGACGACAUCAUCCUCGCUUAGUUUCCAAUUUUCCUCCACAUCCUCCUUUGCUCCGGAGAGUUCAUCUUUAGUCCCCAAUAACUUUUCGGCGACUUAUUCGAUAUAUCCAUCUAUAUCCACUAGCUCGUCCUCAAGCGGUUAUUCCUUUGAUCCAAGUAGCUUUUCCACAACUACUUAUUCUUCAACUUCAGACAGCCCGUCUACAAUUCCAACAACUUCAUCAUCAGUUCCGGUUAUCCCUAUUGCAUCCUACUGCUCUGACUUAGAGGAAUACUCAUCUGCCUGCGCUUGUAUUGACGCUGUCAGCACAACUUCGAUCGUGACUGCCCCGACGCCAACCUCUACUUCUACGAUCCUCAGCACUGUGAGCGUUAGCGUUCCAUCAGUGUCUGUAUCGCUCGUCACCAUUACGGUGACUAGCGACGUCACAACAGUCGAAACCUCAACCUUGACAGCUACCCAGACAACUACCGACGUGCUCACUGAGACCGUCACGUCAACGUACACACCGACACCAUCACCAUAUCUCAAGAUCACUAGUAGCACCACAACAGCGAGGGUAGGGCGCUACAUCACGCUGGCAACAUGCAACGGUAACGUCUGCUUGCAGUUCGACUCAGCUAACACGGGCGUGUCUGUUGCCGGACAGUUUGCUGUCUCAGAUACUGGAGUAUGGUCGUUGCGUGACCAACCGUCACUGACGGCGUAUAUCUACACGAACAGUGGAGGCGUCAUCAGUGUCAUAUCUUUCAUGUCGUCUUCGACUGCGGCUAGUCUCGGCGAUUAUGCUCUUACUUGUUCUGUGGGCGAUGCGGGUGCCUUCACAUGCCAAUCGUCGACCAGCAUGGUCUACGACACGUUUGUAUCAUGUGGUGCAUGGAUUUACAUAAUUCCCGCAGCGAGAUAUGCCGCAUACGUAGGUUCUGGCUGUGUCAAAAUCGGACUGUCGCUUUCCACCUAAGAAAUGACGUCUCAGCUCGCAAUCUAUGUCUUUUUUCACUCAAAAGUUUUUUGAUGGGAACUAUUUAGUAUAGAAGAAGCAUGGGCUGAAGAGGGGAAAAGUACACAACCAUUUACACCAUGUAUGAUUAUAAUAUUAAUUCAUUCACCAGCCCAUCUGACGAUAAGGUGACUCGGAAGGGGUCUUGGGCCGAAAAGGCAUUAGGCGACCAAUUGACAUUGUAUAUGGAAUUUUUAUUGUUCAUUAAGACUUGGAAAUGGCCAAGAAACCUAGGUAAAUAUUCGCUAAUCAUAGGAAUCGAUAAAUAAGUAAGAUCACGACUAAUGUGCGUGGGUUAAACUACGACCAGUUUCUACCUUAGGUU